GUAGUGAGGACAUAUAAUCUAUAAAAUCUGUUACUUCCGCUUCCUGGUGUCGUUGUCCACAACAUUUAAAAAAUGUCAAAUUCUGGUAUCCAAGACUGUGAUCUCAUCUACAACGUCUGGCAGUACAACGGGAGCAUUUACGGUCCGUAUGCAGCAGAAGCGGUCUUCAAAUUUUACCUGGAAGGCAAACUAAAGUUCCCCACUAGAAUUCAAAUAACCGAGUCCCGCAAAAAAGGCGCUACGGGAUUCUUGGAAUGGUUCGGAACAAUACAAGACCUUCAAGAUAUUUUCGGCACCCAAGAUUUCCUACCAAAGCGCCUAUCGCAAUUCAAGGGGAAGUGGACGUUGCCUGAAGUACAUCCCAAUCCAGCACUGUAUAAAUAUGAAUCUAACACUUUUAUAACAUUUAACUUAUCAACUUUCCUGAAUAAUUUAUCGACGUCGAGCUAUUGUCCUUUUGUCACUGGGUUCAGAGGAGAUGUAGCCGAGGAGCAUGUUUUACCACUCUCAUCUGUUGUUGAACUUGCUAGACGUAUUCUCAUGGACUACAGUAAUCUUGAGCCUGACGAAAGAAGUCUUCUGCACAUUCUUCUAACCGAAGUGUUUUCACCGAGAGUUUGUGACGUUUGCCAAAAAGUUAUGGAAGAUGCUCAUUCAUAUUUGAUACAUGCUCUGUCUUUGAUACAUUUAGAAAAUGCAAUUGUAAAAUGCAGCCGAGCGUUUACAAUUGAAUUCGAUUAUUUGAAACUUCGGAAACUUUUUGAGGACGUGAAGAGAUACACAUUUGAAAGAAAACUGGCAAGAAUGAUGAGCAAAAUUUCUGCAAACAGUCCUGAUUUUCCUGGCCACCAAUUUGACUGGAAUCCCAGCUUCAAUUCCGUAAACUUUUAUCCAGGAGUUUCACUUCCUUUACAAUGAUUACCCAUCUUUCAACAGAGUUUAUCAGUUCAUAUGUUUUAUGUGACCGUAAAUGAUCUCAAAUCAUCAAUGAGCAAUAUUUUGCUCAUUUUCUUUUUUUUUAUGUUUUCGUUUCCGUGUUGUCGACAACUAUUGGAAAAUAAAACUGUAAAUUGAU